GUAACAAGCGAGGACCGCGUGGGGGCAGCCAAGCGCAUGAUACGGUUUAUGAUUACGAGAAAACCAGAAAGGAAGAAACAGAAAUGAACCGUUUUUGACAGCUUGACCGCUUUCGCUCAGUCCAAAAACCAGCAUCAUGUUUGUGAGAUUAGUAGCUGGUUACAAGAUCGAUUGAAGAAGGCACAGUCGUGUUCUCCAGAAGGGGAGGCUGGAGCCAUGGCGGCUGCCCAAUCGGUCCUGAUGUUUGCAGUGUGCGUCCUCGUGAUAACAGAGCUGAUACUUGCUAAGAAGGACUUCUAUGACAUACUGGGAGUGCCCAGAGGUGCAACUGAACGCCAGAUCAAAAAAGCUUUCCACAAGCUUGCUGUGAAAUUCCAUCCAGAUAAGAGCAAGAGUCCAGACGCUGAAGUGAGGUUCAGAGAAAUUGCUGAAGCUUAUGAAACUCUGUCAGAUGAGAGCAAAAGAAGAGAGUACGAUCGGUUUGGUCACGCUACGUACUUCACAGGAGAGACUGGCGGCAGACAGCAGUCAGACACCCACCAACCAUUCAGCUUCAACUUUGACAACAUGUUUAAAGACUUUAACAUCUACAGCCAGAACAGACACGCCCGUCACAGGAGACACUUUGAUGAACACUCCAGGUCCAGCAAGGAGUCCCACAGCAGACACAAGAGACAUUUCCAGGGUGGCUUUGAAGCAGGUGUCUUCGAUGACGUGUUUGAAGAGAUGGAGAGAAUGUUUACUUUUGACAGAAAUACCAAGCAGACUGACAAAAGGUUUAAUGGUGCAACCAAACAACACUGUAGAACAGUAACCCAGCGCAGAGGAAACAUGGUGACCACAUACACAGACUGCAUUUCUUCGUAGAAAGAAUAAAACACUGGUGGUUAUUAAGAAUGCUGUGAGAUUUAACACUGAAGAUCCUGGCUGGCCACUUAUCAUCCACAGGCUAGAGGUGGAAGUUGGGCAGUAUUUAAUUAUUUUUUCCCAUCUGCACGUUUGUUUGCAAAAUAUCUCUAUACAAUUUAAUGAGACUGACAACAUAACCACUGGAUCUACAUCAACAUCUGGACAUAGAUAACUGCGCUUAGAAAAUACUAAAAAGGCUAAUGUUGCCCAUUUUACAGAUAUUGAGCUAAAGUUAUCAACAGACUGUUACUUUUGAAUGCUAGGACUUGAAUGUUUGAAUUUCAAAUGGAUUUUUUGUUCAGAAGUUUACAGAUUGUGUAUUAGUAAGUGAAUGUAGUAGUUUUUUUUCCCCACUGUUGAAGAAAACUGAUGAAGCACCUUCUGUCAGAUUACCACUGGCCAUCCCAACACUCCUUUUUUGGGCAGUUUAUUUGGUUUCCUUCUUUAGAUUCUGUUUUUUUUUCUUACAACUAAUGGAAGAAACAAUGGCAGUCUAUGGAACCCUUUCCAGUUGUCUGUGAUUUUCUGUUUUUCUUUGUUGUUAAUUAUUUCAAUUUUAUAAUACAUCCCUCAUGUACUCUAAGGUGCAAACAACAUUGUUUUAAACAUUUGUGGUGUAACCACUACAAUCAACACAACAAUUUUAAUAAUUUGCAUAAAAAUAAAAUUAUGGCAUGUAUCCUAAUUGAAAUAUGUAUGCCCAGUAUAGUUUUAUUUUAUUUAGUAAUAGCCAAUAAAAUGUGUCAUCUGGAUAUUAGAUGUGUUGUUACUUCCAUCUCUUAUCAACUGUUCCCUCAUUAGUAUCACUUCAUUGUGGAUUUUUGUCGUUUAUUUACUGUGGGGAUAAAACAGCACUUCAAUUUUUGUAGAAAACCAGACUUCUCAUUUGUCUACUAUUAAACAGUUUUUGAUUGUG